AGUCCUGGUUUGGACCGGGGCCGGUGUGUGUGUGUGCGUGUGUGUGGCUCUAUGUGUGCAGCUCAGUGUCCUCAGUUGGUGCCACCCAGCUCACCGGCGCGACGACACGUCGCAUGAGCCCGAGUCUGCUCUCUCCUUCACGUCUUCAUGUUUCAUUCAUUCUUCAUUCUCACCGCCUUCCUCGACAGUAACUGGCAGCUAGUGCACAGGUCUGUUUUAUCAAGCUUUUGUCGGGCUUAACAACGUGUUGGAGGUCUUAACAGACUUUUAGAGACCUGUGGACGCUUCAUUUCCAGCGAAGCCUCAUUUAGAGACCAGCUGCACCGUUGGAUACGUGGGCGCUCGUUCCACUGAGCGCAGUGAGACAGGACCUGCUGAGCCCGCCUGGUGUGCAGCUACCUGAUAAUUACCUGAGACUGGUUUAUUUAUUCACAGUGUGUGUUCACUGUUCAUUGUCAGCCGCCUCUGUGCAGAAAUGUGGCGCAGACUCUCACUGCUGAUCCUCUGCUGUGCCCUAAGUGGACCCGAUGCUUACGAGGCUGGUAACAGCGCGGACUCCAAGCAGGAGACGAUGCAGUUGGCCGGGGCAGCAGACCUGGGGAAACCGGACAAUGAAGCUCCCACAGCGGUCAAAGCUGAGGACGGUGUGCGAGGAGGGGAGCUGCAGUCCCCGAGAGGAGACGCUCCUGUUGUAGGUUUAUUCCAGCAGGAUUCCACCGCCGAGCCUCUGGAGGAUGAAGUGGACAAUCAGGAGAAUAUCAUUAGCCAGUUGCUGGGGGACUAUGACAAAGUAAAGACUGUGUCAUCAGGGUCUGACUGCGUGUGUCGCUGUAUUGUUCGACCUAUCAAACGCUCUGACUGCAGCCGCAUCCGUGACAGCGACCAUCCAGCUCUGUCUGAGCAUUUUUACACUGUGGAGACGGUUACCAAGGGAACAGACUGCAAGAAGUGUGUGUGCAUGGCCCCGCCUUCAGCUGUCAACCCCUGCGAGGGAGAGUACAGGUUUAAAAAACUCCAGGAGGCCAGCAAAGAUGACAUUAAGCUGGCAACUAUCAUUGACUUGUUGGAGGGCUCUCUGUAUGGAAUGGACUUGUUAAAGCUCCAAUCUGUCACCACCAAGCUGCUGACUAGGGUGGACAACAUGGAGAAGGCCUUUGCUCGUAAUUUGACUGAGAGAGCAAGAGAGAAAGAACGUGCGAAAGAAAAAGCAAAAGAAAAGGAGAAAGAGAAAAAGGCCCAACAGCAGAAAAAAAAGAAAGUGAAUGAUUUGGAACGUGCAGGACAGAAAAGUGGAGCAGCUGCCUACGCCAAUAAGCAGAAGAAUCAUGAAGGUCAGCUAAAGAAGAACCAACAGCAAGAUGGUCUGGAACAACAUUCUCCAGCCAGGAAUAAGACAGGAACUCAAAAGCCAUUCAAAGACAAGACAGAGCCAAAGCAACCAAUCAAAGACAAGAACAGCAUGGUCAUCAGGGGUGUCACCUUUUACAAGGCGGAGGAGGCGAGCUACAAAGAGGAGGAUGAAGAAGAGGAGGAGGAGGAGGAAGGGAACGGCACAGGGAGAAGAACUAUUCCUACUGCAAAUGCUUCAGUAGACUUACUGAUCUCUGAUCAGUUCCCCAUCAAGACCCCAGGAUCUUCAGCCACUGUUAGAACAGAACUGGAUUUUCAAGACCUACUAGAGAGCACACCUGCAUCCACCCAGCCACCAACAGCUCCCCCGACUACCACCCAACAAACCACAACUACAGCCGAAACAGCUCCCACCACAAUCACACCAGUCACUGAGUUAACCACUAACAUACCACCAACAACAACCAAACUGACCACUACUUCCCAACAAACUACAACUACUACUCAGCCACCCAUGCACGUAAAUGUGCAAACCACCUCACCCUCAAAUACCAAUAUUGGCCCACCCGUUAAUGCAUCUCCCAUGGCAGAGUCUCGGCCAGUACCCAAAAGUCGACUCAGCUGGACAGAGAGCCCUGCUGACCAACCAAAGACCACGAAAAAGCCUGCAGUGUGUAAGGACACAGUAGCCAGCAUCUCUGAACCAGUCCAGCAGAACUCUUACGGCCUAAGAGAUGGAGCCUGGAUGAGAGAUGCUCGUGGCCAUGGCAACGUCAUCUACCUCACCAAUGGUCACUACGGCAACAACCUCCAAGAGUUCCGAGACAUGGAGACCUUCAAAUCAGGUCAGGCGAGUAAUUUAUACAAGCUGCCCUACAGUUUCACUGGAACAGGCCACGUUGUGUUUAAUGGAGCUUUCUACUACAACCGUGCCUUCAGCCGGGAUGUCAUCAGAUAUGACCUGAGGCACAGAUAUGUAGCUGCCUGGACCACAUUACACGAUGCCUUACUGGAGGAGCAAGUUCACAGGACACAAAGUGAAGUGGAGUUUGCUGUGGAUGAGUCCGGCCUCUGGCUCCUGUACCCUGCUCUGGACACAGAGGGUUUCCAUCAGGAAGUAAUCCUGCUUGUACACCUCCAUCCUCGAGACCUGCAGCCAAUACGAAGCUUCCGCACAGGACUUCGGCUUGGUCGCUACGGAAACAGCUUCCUGGUUUGCGGUGUGCUUUAUGCAGUGGACAGUAUGGAUCGUCACUAUGCUAACGUGACAUAUGCCUUUGACACACACACGUUCACACACACUGUGCCCAGCCUGGCAUUCACAAAUAUGCAUGCACACACCUCCCAGUUGGCUUACUGCCCACUAGACAAGAAACUGUACGCAUGGGACAAUGGACAUCAGAUGAUGUAUGAUGUUGUCUUUGCUUACUAGCACAAUGAAUGGGCACACAGAUGGAGGACAUUAUGGUUAGACUUACAGUAAGCAAUUAAGCAUGAGGUCAGAACAAAGCAGAGGACAGAAUAAAUAAAAUAAGAAAUGAACAGAUUUUUUAACAGUGUUUUGUUACCAAAUGACUGUGGAGUGACAUGAUUAGUGAACAUGUUUUUAUGUUGACCUCAGCUGCUGUUUUGCUUCUCGUGCCAAAGUCUUUACCAGCAAGAACAUCACUAAACUCACAAGAGAAGAUGAGGUGGAAAUAUAAAGGACAAAACCCCACGGGUCAUAUGAAUGAAUGUACAGUAAUUACAUGUAUACACAUCUUACUCUGGUUCUCCAAAUUGAUGCUUCCUCUCUGAUUUACGAGAAAGCAUGUAUGAGUUCAGCACUUGGCAAUAGGAGUUAUUAGUAUCUUGUCACAUGAAAUUCAUCUAGUUUGUACACAAUAUUUCAUGUCCAACACUUUGAGAUUGUUGCGAGACUUGAAUUUGUCUUAAAGGGGAACUUCUCAGACUUAACAAAAUCUGCUAGUCAGAGGGAGCAUUAUGUAGUUUGUACAAACAACCAUAUAAACUUUGUAAAGUGUGAGACAAUAAUGUCUAUAACCCAACUCAAGGUCUGUUUAUUAGCUUGUUAAUAACUUCCAGGCUCAAAUGGAGGUGUGAACUUCGAAAGAUUUGGCCAGGCAGGGUGAGUCAGAAGAGAAGAUGUUAUUGGUUGUAUUGUGGGAUAUGCAGGAUCUAGUGUUUUUGGGACUAAAAGUUAAUUUUUAGCCACCUUCUUUCCUCUAAGAAUCCUGAACAACUAUGCUGCUGUGUUUAUUCAUUAAUUGUAUAUUCACAACAUCAAAUCACACGUGCCCAGAAAGGUUUAUGCCACUAAAAAUCAUCUUCCCCUAACCCCUGGUCAUUAAGCUACUGUGAUGGUGCCAUGUCAGAAAUAUAACGUCACGUAAAAUCAGACUUGUGUCUAACAUACUAUGUUCAGCUCCAGAGUAAAAAGCGAUCCUGAUGAUGAUGACUGAAGAUACAGAUAUUUAGAUUUUAAGUGUUGUAUCUAACCUCAGUAUAAUACCAGUAUUUUCUUGUAUGGUCUUUCUUAUAUGGUCACAGUCUGUACUGUAUGUUUUUUUUACUGUAUGUCUGCUUACUGUGUUGCAUAUUUACCUUCACUCCUGUCCAAUAAUGUUCCUAUCAUAGGCUUUUAUUACAUCUGGGAAUAGAAGCUCUAACACUGGUACCAUUAGUGCUUCAUCUACCAUUGAAAUUGAUUAAUUUAAAACCAUUUCAGACCAGCACAUGCGUCAUGGUGCUUUGCUUGUGGAAAAAGGAUGAGGUUUAUUUCAACUGUUUAAUUACAAGUUUGCUUUUUUGUUUUGUUAAUUUAUAAUAAAAUAUUUCCAAAAAAAUGGAUGUGAA